CGCGCCACCUUGUGUUGUGCCAAUGUAAUGCUGAUUAUCCUUUGUAGACGCGGCAUCGACGAAGGCAAAGCUCAUAGAGGUCGUCAUGACGGCGUCGCGCCAGGGCCGUAGCCGCUGAGCCCUUCCCCCAUCCUCGGCCAAUGACAUUGCGUAUCAGGCAAAUCACUGUGAUCGCGACCAACCUAGCAUCCGCGGAUGGUCACGCGAAUACACCGGCAUUGCCCAACGAGCUUCAUGCGUUUGCCUCCCCGGAAUGUGCUCGGUAUCUGGCGUCCGCGUGGCUUGGACCUCGACCUCGCACACUGCGCCUGCUCCUUUGAGAUGAGCUAGAUUGGCCACGGCGCCGGAUUACCGUUGUUUGAUCGAGGAGGUAAUACAGUUCAACAGUCAAAAACAGUGGUUCAUAUUCAAAUACACAGAUCCCCUUUUUGAAGUCAAGUCGCUCUUUCCAUCAGUCAUUCGAUAUGGUUUCCUUGCUGUCACUCGUUUCAACUGGCUUGCUCUGUGUGGGGCUUGGGAGAGCUGUUCCGACAGUGAAGUCGACAAGAGGAGUCGCACCCGUCGACAAUGCGGUCCUUGGAACUUUCACCUUGAUGGAACAAUACGCUUCAGCCGCAUAUUGCAAGUCCAACUACAACUCUCCUGGGGAUCAAAUCAGAUGCAACGACGGAACUUGCCCCUUAGUUCAAGCUUCCAAUGCUACGAGUGUUAUCGAGUAUAACAGCAAUCUUUCAACAGACGUGACCGGCUACGUCGCCCUCGACUCAACGCACAAGCUCAUCGUCGUCUCCUUCCGCGGCAGCGUAUCGAUCCAAAACUGGAUCACAAAUCUCGAUUUCGACGCUGUAUCCACCAGCCUAUGUUCCGGCUGCACCGUCCACCACGGCUUCUGGCAAUCCUGGCUCGACUCCCGCUCCGCGGUUACCGCAGCCGUGAAACAGCUCUCCGCCUCCAACCCAACGUACAAGAUCGUGACCACAGGCCACUCCCUCGGCGGGGCCAUCGCCACCCUUGCCGCCGCGGAUCUGCGCAACGCAGGCUACCAAGUUGCCUUCUACUCCUUCGGCGCUCCGCGCGUCUCCAGCUCCAAACUUGCAAAGUACAUCACCGCGCAACCCGGUGGUAACUACAGGGUCACGCACUGGAACGACCCCGUGCCCAACAUCCCGCCUAUUUUUCUCGACUUCGCCCACGUCAGCCCGGAAUACUACAUCAACCGACCCAACGGUCUGGCGGUAACAGCGAGUGACUUCAAAAUCUACGAGGGGGUGAUGAAUUUGAGGGGUAACGCGGCGUGGCUUAUCACGGAUAUUUUGGCUCAUCUGUGGUACUUUGGGACGUUUCCGAUCAAAUGUGCAUUGUGAGGAGGCAUGUGUAAUCGAAGCUGCACGUUGGUAAGCAGGUUCUCUGCGAUUUACAUCACGUUGUUGCACAAUUUGUUUUGUGUUCGUCCGUGGGUUGCCAUACUGCACAGUGGCUGACACAAAGAGGGGGAUUUUGACGUACACCUAGUCCUAUAGUAACUUAGUUCACAGUAUGCUGAUAAGAAAUUGGUC